GCGGCUUCGGCUGCUGAUGCCGCGGCCGAUGAUGCUGCGGGCGGCGCAUGAGCGCUGCCAUCACCGCCUCCUCCUCCUCCUCCAUUCCGCGCUGCGCCCGCCGAGCCCAGCCGAGGGUCGCCUCGCCGCCGCCGCUGCAUUCUCCGCCCGAGAAAAGAGCUUCCCGCUGCCAUGACCAAAGACGACUCCGCCGAGCUCCCUUCCGAGGAAGACCACCAGGCGCUGGAAUUCCAGAGCCCAAUCCUGGAGAGGAGGAAGAAGCCCAUCGUCCACCCUUCAGCCCCAGCUCCGCUCCCCAAAGAUUAUGCUUUCACUUUCUUUGAUCCCAACGAUCCUGCUUGCCAAGAAAUCCUUUACGAUCCCAUCACUACCGUCCCGGAGCUGUUCGCCAUCAUCCGCCAAUGGGUUCCCCAGGUGCAGCACAAGAUCGACAUGAUCGGCAAUGAGAUCCUGAAGCGUGGCUGCCACGUCGAUGACCGGGAUGGGCUGACAGAUAUGACUCUCCUGCAUUACGCAUGUAAAGCUGGUGCACACGGCGUGGGUGAUCCCGCUGCCGCCGUGCGCCUCUCUAACCAGCUGCUGGCCCUGGACGCAGAUGUGACACUACGCAGCCGCUGGACCAACAUGAACGCGCUCCAUUACGCGGCCUACUUUGACGUCCCCGAACUCAUCCGCAUCCUCCUCAAGGCCUCCAAGCCCAAAGUUCUCAACUCGACAUGCAGUGAUUUUAACCAUGGAACCGCCUUACACAUCGCUGCUUCGAAUCUCUGCUUGGGGGCCGUGAAGUGUCUUCUGGAACAUGGGGCCAACCCCGCUGUCAGGAAUAGCAAAGGGCAGGUCCCGGCUGACGUCGUGCCAGAUCCCAUGGACAUGACCCUGGACAAGGCCGAGGCUGCCAUGAUCGCCAAGGAGCUGAAGCAGCUGCUGCUGGAUGCCGUGCCUUUGACUUGCAGCCUGCCCAAGGUCACCUUACCCAACUACGACAAUAUUCCUGGGAACCUCAUGCUCCUCUCUCUUGGCCUUAAGCUGGGUGACCGGGUCCUGGUGGACGGGCAGAAGGUGGGCACCUUGCGUUUCUGUGGCACCACCGAGUUUGCCAGUGGCCAGUGGGUCGGCGUGGAGCUGGAUACGCCGGAGGGCAAGAAUGACGGCAGCGUGGGCGGCAUCCGCUACUUCAUUUGCCCUCCGAAGCAUGGACUGUUCGCUUCAGUGUCCAAGAUCUCCAAAGCUGCUGACCAAAUACCGUCGGUCACCUCCACCCCACGGACCCCCCGCAUGGAUUUUUCCCGCAUGACAGCCAAAGGGCGCAAGGAGAAGGACAAAGACCGGAAAGCGCUCAGAAAGAAAUCCUUAUCCGUGGGCAGCCUGGACCGCGAAGGACUGAAGAUCGACAUUGGAGAUCAGGUGCUGGUGGCUGGACAGAAGCAAGGGGUCAUUCGUUUCUACGGGAAGACCGAUUUUGCUCCAGGCUACUGGUUUGGAAUUGAGCUGGACAAACCGACAGGGAAGCACGACGGCUCUGUUUUUGGGGUUCGCUACUUCACCUGCGCCCCUAAGCAUGGCGUUUUUGCCCCCCCGUCCAGGGUCCAGAGAAUUGGAGGCCCCAAGGACUCUCAAGAUGCCACUUCAGGAAAGAAGGUGCACCAAGUGACCAUUUCACAGCCGAAGCGCAAUUUCACCACAGUCAGAUCUCCGAAAGACAUCACGUCAGAAAAUUCCAUCUCUAGGAUCCUCUUCUGUUGCUGGUUCCCGUGGAUGCUGCGUGCGGAAAUGCAGCCGUAGAGUUCUCGCCCCCCCCCCAGCACCCACUCUUCCUCCUCUUCCUCCGCUCUUUCUUCGCUCUCCACGUAAUCAAAGACUGCUCUUCGGAUCUGUCGCUCACCUCUCCUGCUCCCCACCUCCAUCACCAUUCUAGUGAACCCAGUGCCUUGCUAGAUCACCUGAGCACCCCAGUAGAUUGUGAGAAACGCUAAACCCCUCCUGUUUGCUCCCCACUUUCUGAGCUGUGGCACCACCGGUCUCUUCUAGCACUUCUUUUGAGGAUCUGGCAACGGCCAUUAGAAUCAUUUUUCUAUUGGGGGGGCAGGGGGGAGGACGUCCCUUCAGUUAUGCUUGGGAGACACGUCUCUGAGCUUUCCGGCAGUCAGGAAAUCCAUAGUCCAGUUCUGAGGUCUUCACCAUGAAAAAGCACAUUGCAAAUCCACUUGGCUUCCUUGGACAACCGUUUGUCUGGGGUGGAGUAAGACCUCCUGCCUUGGGCGGGGGGUUGGACUAGAAGACCUCUGAGGUCCCGUCCAGCCCUAGGAUACUACGAUUCUAAAAUUGAGUCUGCAGCUAAGGGACAACAGUCUCCCCUAGUUUGCAGUUGACCCAGCCCUUUGAGUGACAGACAUAGGAAACUGGCACUCUUGUUUCUAAAGUUGCUGGCUGGGGGAUUCUGGGAGUGGAAGUCCGCGUACAUUUUUCAAGUUGCCGAGCUUGAAAAACACCACCUUGGGCCAAUGUGGGCCACAAAUGCUCCAUUGAGGAGGGCUGUGGUCAAGAAUCACUCUGCUUGGUCGACCAGUUAGGAUCCGAGUCCCAAGCAGACAGCUUGUUGAACAUCAAGCUAAGAUUCUCUCCAGAAUCAUGGCUUGUUCUUCCAUGCAAAUGCAGCCUUAACUAAAAUUCCUCGGCGUUUCCCUUUUUCUCCUAAGCAGUUUUUAUCUUAUCAUCAACCAAUUUCAAAAGCCAGAUGCUUCUCCUCUGCCAAAGAGCAAAUCUCUGCUCAUUUUGGUGACUUAAUCUUAAGUGUGCCCAUGAAUGCAGAUUUAAACACGGCUUUAAAUCAUCUGCCCAUUUUGUGACUAACGUGUGAGCAGGAUGGGUGCCGAGUGCGAAUGCCUUUGCCCACCGAUACCCUAAGUAGCCUCUCUCAUUAGCCAUCUUCCUUUCUAGCUGAAACCUCCCUCUUUGGGUUACCGAUGCAACAAGACACCUUAAAGAAAACCUAGUGUGAGUUAAGCAGCCGGUGCUUAGCUUAUGUCUGUGCAAAUUAACAUACAGGGAGGGGUGAACCGCCCAAUAGCAUCCUCUGAUGGUGUGUAGUGUUUGCGUGUCUCUCUGUGUGUAAGUACAAUACCAGAAGUCUGU